AUCUAUCUAUCUAGCAAGGAGAGUCGGAUCAUUUAUUCCUGGACCAUUCCUGGCAUAGAGCAGUAGCGGUGAUGCUUGUAGAGGCAUCUGCCUUACGACUACCCAACAGACCAGGGGGAAUCUCUCAUGAAGCAUUCAAGGAAGGUGGAGGGCUACUGCAACAGGUGACAUUGAUUGCAACUUCGUCAUACAGCCGUUUAAUGCAACAGAACCAUGAGCAAGUCUUUGCUGAUUGGCUAUGGGAUAUGAUGCUACUGCUUCAUCUGCAUGAUUAUGACCUUCCCAUGCCUGUUAUGGGAUUCAGGAGUCGAAGCCAAGCUAUGCAAAAAAGAGGAACAUCAGAAGGAGACACAGGGUUUGCAGGACGAACAAAAGCCUUGUCAUCACUCGAACCACUUGAUCUCUACACUGACAAGACACUUGUUAAUAUCGUUAAUGCCAUCAAAGCAAGUGGUCCGCUGGCUUGUUAUGUUGCUGUUUCCAUGACAAUCAUUGGUUCAAACCCUGACCUGUUUGUCAGUGAUGGUCUUAACCACCUUACUAUCAUCCUGAAUGAAAAGUGCUUUGAUGCCGUGUUACGAAUUGUGUACAAUGUUACCCCCAUGUUUUUCUCUUGUCCAGACAAGUUGGUGGAGGAAAACAGGUUCACCAAGAUUCUCCAUCGUCUUUGUCAGCUAGACGGAGAAAGUGCUUAUUAUGCCGAAAAACUCUUGCUUUAUCCAACAGCUGGCGAGUACAGUGGAAGGCUUUCAGGCAUUAUACAAAGCCACAUUGACAAGUCUCAUUUUCAUCGUGAUUCUCCUUGUCCAUUAAGUGCUGCAGAGUUCUGGAUGAAAGCCUUAUGUUCUUUGCCUAACUGGUAUAAAGAUGGAUGCAUUCAGUAUUUACUUGACGGUCUCAUGAAGGCAGCAUUCAAGAUUGAUGGUGGUCUUGAUGCGACCCAGGCCCAGCUCAUUGAUGCCUACAAGACAGUCCUCAAAGAGACUGGUAACCCGGGUCUUUUUGCAUCUAUUCUCUCAUUGGUCAGUUUGAGUUCCACAGGGCCCCCACUACUCUGGGACAUCAAGUCGUCACCUGACUACAGUUAUUAUGCAUUCUGUKUGCUGUCGAUGGAAGACCAGAUGGAGGAGAACUCAGGUCUAAGGGUUGAACUUACUAAAGUACUUCUCAAUAAACAAGACAUCAAUAUUGACUAUGCUCUUAGGAAAGUUACCAAGGUGAUGAAGCUAGGUUCCACUCCCCAGACGUACAAUCUCAGUAUCUAUCGGUGGGCCAACCAGACUCUCAACACUGCCAUGGAUCAUCCCAUUUUGCCUUUGAUUUGGCAAAGGUUUUUUAGAUUAUACCUUUCAAGGCCAUCUUCACAACCUGGCUUGCCUCAGCGUGAAGGUGUUGGAUACCGAUUCUUUGAAAGUCAAGCAGACGUGUCUUUACAAAAGAGAAUGAAGCAGCGCCUACAAACUAUCGCUGAACACCACCGGUCUAUGACGUCACAGACACGUGUCGACCAAGACUCAGUGGGGGAGGGUGAUCAAGAAAUUGACAAGCAAUUUGAAGAGACAAAGGCUUUUCAUGAAAAGCUCUCCUCGUUUUAUGAAGUACUCGCUCUUUGGUUGGAUGAGCCUCGACUGCAUGAUCCAAAUCUCUACUUACUCUCUCUACCCCCACUAUACGACCCUCAGAGAUUGGAAUUGGUGUUAAAAGGAAGUCAGGAUCCAUGGCUGGACUUGAUCCACAUGAGAAAGAUUGACUGGGAAUUGACAGAAACGGUUGGAAAGUGGAUGAAACACGUAUAUGGGAAUCAAAACAAGAAGACGAUUACUUUAUCUAGACAAAUCAGCUCAUCCUCACCAGAUACAGCCACAGGAAGAAUAAUCAAACGAAUGAGAACACACCAACCACCACUCCCCCCUCCCCCCGUGGUCAUGAUGGAAUCUCCUCUCCCUCCCUUUGAUGAAAAAUUCUUGACAAACAAACAGAAGGUUAUCAACAAAGUUUUUGACUGUCUGCAGAAACUACUAGCACAUGCCAAGCAGUUCUGUAGGGAUGCAGAUCACCAUGUUGCCUUGGAUGAAGACUAUGUAGACCUCAUUCCAAGAUUGAAAACCAAUCAAAUGACUAGGCUGGUGAAGCAGGUUCCAUGUCGUAGUAAAUUCAAAGCGAGUGACGUAUGUUCUGGACCAGCAACCAUCACACUACAGUUCAUGUCAAGAUUCGACCAUCAUGUUGUUGACAACAGAAUCCAUGAAAACCGAGAAGAAUACGACAAGACGGUCAAGAAUUUUCUCCAGGCUUUUCCAAUGGAUGUUUGCUCUGCUUCUGGUUACGUUGAACGAAUUAUCGCAUGCUUGGUUAAAAAGGCACAGGUAACCCAAGAGCGAAGAAUCAAAGGAAUUUAUCCUGAACAACGCCAGUCAGACAGAGCAGCUUCUCGCAGCCAUUCUUGAACACACGUCCAUCACCAUGUUGCUCGUACCGUACUUCUGUCCUAUCGAUAACCCAGAGAAAUUUACCACCAUGUAUCAUGAAGUCAUGCAGAUUACUGACAGGGACUUGGCCUUUUCCUUGCUGACCAAGUUUGAUUUGGAAAAGUGGCUCUCUUCACCAAACAGCUCGUUCAUGGAACGUUCACGUCUGACCUCUGCGGUAUUUACAGCCCUUAAAUCACUGGGAUUAGAACCAGACCCCCAAGUUAAAGCAAUAAGCGAGGUCUAUCUCCGACAUAUGUCGUUAGUUCUGAUGUAUAAUUUCCCUGAACAAUACAGCGGCACACUACAAAACCUGUGUGAAGGUUCCAGCAGUCGCAGUCUAUCACUUGAUGUCUGGGAAAGAUUCCUGUUUUGUAUUGGAUGCGUUCCUGUCCAAGAUGGUGGUCAGCCUUCACAAUCACCCGCGCAUGCGCCAGUAUUGGCAGAUGAACAGGUUAUGGAAACACUUGUCUGGCUUACCAAAUACUUCACCAAUCAGCGUGCAGAACUGGGUGGUCACGUGACCGGUGGUCUUUACACCUUGUGGCGUCCAUACAUCAAGCAACUGUCUUUUCUUCUCGGGUUUAUGUGUCAAAAGAUCGUGGUUUGUUCGGCUCGACGGAUGACCGACGCAACAGGCGGAAUGGAAAGAUAUUGGAGGUUGAUAUGUGAAGCCUUUGAACCAUGGAUUUGUUCACAAGACAGUCCUGUCCAGGGUAAUCCACCAGUGGCUCCUUGGAACGAGACAGAAGUGCCGCAGGCAUCAGACAUGGUAGCACUGUUCGCUGACACCAUAUCCUGCCUUAAUACAUAUUUCCCAAGUGAUCACAGCGGUUCCAGCAUGAUGAACCUGUUCUGGUCAUUCUUCGUGACGUCACUAGUCAAGCCCGGUAUCCCGGAUUAUGUUCGUCGUGUUUAUCACUCGAAGUUUUUCUGUCUUCCUUGGAACCACUUCUACCCGACACCAUCCAACAUUGAUCUCAUGCUAGAGCUUUUCCAACAUGACCAAUCUACAGCAGACGCACUCGCAGUUGACGGAUCCAUUACUUCUCUUAACCUCCACAAGACCUGUAAGACGAGCUUCCAGUUCUUAGGAUGUGUCUUCCCUCUUAUUGAAUGGAGUAACGUCAUCGCAGCAUACUGCGAAAGCCAAUCCCCUCGGAACCUGAGUAGAUUUUUGACGUCUUUGUUUCAUCUGCUCAUCAUGUUGACCAAUGAGAGGAGCAUCGUGGAAGUACAGGGUUCAGAGCUGCCGGCAUUUCUGGAAAAAGCGCAUUACUUUCCUUGGGAGCACAUCGAUACCAGGUCAUUUGAUCAAAUAGUUUCUUGGCAAGUUGAACAUUGUAAUGCAGAACUGAUAUUACAGCGGAAUUCUACAAUAUGGCAUGCAGUCAGAUUAAUAAGAGCCGCGUCAGGAAUCUUAGUCACAGAAUCAGGAACCAUGCAGGAAACAAAACUGGACGCUAUUCCUAAACGAGCGUGCUACAUAAGUGGUAUCGUCAAUCUAUUGGUUAAGUGCUCGUCCAAUCCGAACCUCGCUCCAGACCUCUAUCCUCCCGUGGUUAUGUUCAUGCUCACUGACAUUGAAAGUGUCGCAGGCUCAGGCGUCGAUCCUUCCAGCACAGAAUCCGAGGUCUGUCUUCUGCUAUCCGAGACGUUAAACCUUCUAAAUAAUUGUUCACCUGUGAACCACGUGACAUCGCAUGUACUCAACUUUAUUCUCAGUUACUUGAGAUCAACGACAUCAUUAAUGUUCAUCCUAGCUUCGAUACCAGCCUCUUGUCGUGCGCUCGCCAAUAUCGGUUUUAUGGUGUCGGUACUGGAGACUGGAAUCGAGGAAGUUUUUGCCAGGCAUUCCCCGCAGACCGAGGGGACUGGGACACGCGCGGACGUGGGCUGGAGCCAAAUCGUUCCUGGUUUUUCUGUUCCUGAGCUUUCACAAGAUUCUUUUAUUAAUGAGUGUCUUCACCAGUCAUCCAUGUUGACUCUCUACACAUAUGUACUUUUGAGGUUGUCUCAAUGUCAAACUGCAGUCCAAGAAAUGGCAGUGCUAUCAGACCUCGUUAACUGGUGCGGGCGUUUGAAAAUCAAGAAAGAGAAUGAAUAUAAAAUAACUCUCUUCUGGCAUAAGAUCCUACAGCUCUGCAUUCGACAAGCAGAUUUCUCUGGAUCUCCACUCAAUGAAGUUGCCAAGCAACUGUCGUUCUUAGCAACGAACUUACAUCAGUUAGGAGAAGAUAAAGAUUCAUCAGGACUAUUGGGUGCAAUAGGCUUUGGCAAGAAGUCUUCUUACUCCGUCAAUUUCAGAUUUUUUGCUCGAUUACUUGAAGCCUUCAUUCUUGCCCAGCUUCCCUCCAACGCUCUGUUGAGACUGGACCCCAAAGCACCGGGAUAUGUUCGAGAACCAAGCAGGGUUAGUAUUUACUACGCAUGCGUUCGAGAACCAAGCAGGAGCAAACAACGUAACGAAAGUGGCAGAGUCAUUUCAUCGACGAACGAAGCAGAAUUAGCUUUAGCUACACUGGAAGCUCUUCGACAUAACAAGCAAUACACCAUGCUUUCUAGUCUAAUAAUGGACAUGCAUGCAUUUAUUGCUAAUCCAAUGCAUUCAUUAAGAGAUGGACCAUCAAUGGUCAGUAAAUUAGCAUUACGAUUAUAUCCUGGUCGCUCUGCACUGCAAAUAAUGAACUAGACACAUCAAUCAUUAACCAAUUGAUUUUACAAAUGUACUGUAUUGAAGAAAUAGAAAACACACACGUAUGCUGUAUGCAGUAUCAAGCAAGGAUUGGUAGGACACGAGAGAAGUGUUAGAAGAACGAUGGAAAACCUGCUUUGCGAAGAGAUGCUCUAUCAGUGGUCAGUAGUAGUACAAAUCUAGUACAGUAGUAAUCUARAUGGCCAAUAGAUGUUAGUCCCCUAUUCAGUCCCUAUUUAGUCCCCUAACAUUCCCACAAUGCAUUGCAAUGUGAACUUGACUCAGUUUUCUAUUUAACCAUAUCUUUCCUCAUUGUUCUCUACAAGAACUAUGAAGAUUAUCUAGAGAUCCUCAGAGAUUGGAUUAAACAGCUUUAUCCUUGCUCCAUGCAGUAAUACAGCACUUAGAAAGCAUCAAAAGCACUUGAAUUGAGAAGCAAGCAACACCUUCUGCUCUCUUUACACUCAUUUCAUGCUUUCGUAACCUGCUGCAGCUUGUAUUACUGAAUGGAAAUAGUAAAAAGUAGUUUUAUUUCUUAAGUAACCACAACCAUCAUCAACUAUAGGAUCUCAAAAGGCAGUGAAUGUUAAAGGACCAAUCCCCACCAGCCACAAAAAGAGAAACUAUCCAUGGUCAAUAGAUUAGCAGAACAUAUAAAUGAAUGAUUAAAUGAAAUGACAUAAAUUUUCAGUUUAAGAAUCGAUUCCACUGCGCAUGCGAUUUUAACCCGAAUUUCUCAACUUCUUUUGUUUAAUUAAGA